AUGACUGAGGUAAAAAAAUCGUGGAAUGUAGUUUCAAAUUUAGAAGAAAUUAUUGAAAUAUUAACUUCUGAAAAUUUUGACAAAUUUGGGCAUCAUUUAUUUAAUUCUAAUAUACCAGAAAAAUGUUUUUUAGAACCUUGUAUUUUAGGAGUUGAUGAAGCGGGUCGUGGUCCGGUGUUAGGGCCUAUGGUGUAUUCUGUAUUUUUUUGUUCAAUUAAUGAUGCUGACAUUUUAAAAGAUAUAGGAUGUACUGAUUCAAAAGUACUCACAGAAAAAAAAAGAGAAGAUAUUUUUGACUUAAUUAAUCAAAACAAUGAUAAAUUAGGAUGGGCAGUUGACUUAUUAUCUCCGAAUUUAAUUAGUAAUAGAAUGCUUCAAAGAAAAAAAUAUUCAUUAAAUGAAAUUGCUCAAAAUUCUACAAUAAAGUUAAUUGAAAGUUUAUUAGAAAAAAAUAUAACACUAAAGGAUAUUUUUGUCGAUACUAUUGGCCCUGCAGACAAAUAUCAAGAAAAACUAUCUAAGUUAUUUCCAAAUAGUAAAGUCACUGUUAAAUCUAAAGCCGAUUUGCUGUAUCCAGUAGUUGGUGCAGCAAGUAUUUGUGCAAAAGUAAUUAGAGACACUGCUGUUCAACAAUGGAAAUUUCCAGAAAAAAUAACAAUAGAUGCAGAAUUUGGAACAGGAUACCCCGGGGAUCCAAAAACCAAAAAAUUUUUACUUGAAAGCAAAGAUUCUGUUUUUGGAUUUCCAAAUUUAGUUCGAUUUAGUUGGUCAACAUCUGCAAAGCUAUUAGAGGAAGAAACUUUAGUAGAAUGGUAA